CCUUGGGCCCCCAAAUUGCUAAAUCUGCCACUGCUGGUAAUGAUCCCUCAUUACAGGUUCACGCAGGUUCACCUACAGAAACCUUGUUACGACUUUUACUUCCUGUAGAUCGUCAAGUAUGAUUGUCUUCUUGGUGCUCUGCCAGGACAGUGACAGACCAUCAGAUGUGUCAGCAGAGCCUUAUGUUCUGUGUUUUGAGCAGCAGAAGAAGAACGGGCUCGCUUGUACCCGGAAGCAGGAACAGGACUUGUCAAACCCUCCAACCUGUCGAGCCGGAUUUGUCAACGCGGAUUGUGUCGUGUUGGUUUCGAGGCAGAGACAUUGCGACAGACUGGACUGUCCGAGUUUUCUCUGGUGUCUGGACACGAUGAAGACGCUUUCCCUGCUCAUCGCGGUGUCUCUGUGUUUGUGCUCGGUCUCAGCAAUAAAUGAUGGGGCUGCUCUUACAGACACGAUGAAACAAAACCCACCUGAUCAUCAACAAAGCAACAUCAAAUCGACAGCAGCUGAGGAGAAUGCAAAGUUAACUGGUGUCACUGAUGAGGAACAUGAACAUCAGGCACACGGCACUGACAUUUCAACCAAGAUGGAGAAACGUGAAGAGACGUCUGCAGACAACACUCAGUCCAAGACAAAACUGCCUGACACAAAAACACAAAGUCAGGAGGAUGAAAACCAAAAAACGGACAAAAAGAAACCCAGUGAUCCAACGUCUAAAGGCAAAGAGAAAACCAAUGAAGGAGAGACAGGAGUGCAAGAUGACAGCCCCACAAAAAAGUCUAUCCUGAAUGCCAAAAAAACAUCAGAUAAUAAUGGGGGGGGAAAAGGAGACAAAGAAAUAAAACUAGAGGAAAAUACAACUGAUAAAAAAACAGAGAAAGGAGCAACUGAUGAAAAACCAGAAGAAGUAGAAACUGAUAAAAAACCAGGAAAAGUAGAAACUGAUAAAAAAACAGAUAAAGUAGAAACAGAUAAAAAACCAGGAGAAGUAGACACUGAUAAAAAACCAGAUGAAGUAGACACUGAUAAAAAACCAGAUGAAGUAGACACAGAUAAAAAACCAGGAGAAGUAGAAACUGAUAAAAAACCAGGAGAAGUAGACACUGAUAAAAAACCAGAUGAAGUAGACACUGAUAAAAAACCAGGAGAAGUUCACACUGAUAAAAAACCAGGAGAAGUAGAAACUGAUAAAAAACCAGAUGAAGUAGAAAAAACAGGAGAGACCAGGAAGGAAGGUCUAGACAAAGAAAAAGAUGGAAAUAAUGGAGAAAAAGAAGACAGACGUCAGUUCAACUUGCCUGGAAUGGGGGACGGGACAGAGAGCAGUCAUUUCUUUGCCUACCUUGUCUCUACAGCUGCACUGGUGGCAGUGCUUUACAUCGCUUACCACAACAAGCGCAAGAUAAUUGCCUUUCUUCUGGAGGGAAAUAGAUCCAGAUCCUCACGUCGACAUAAUUCAACAGAAUACCACAAGCUGGAACAGGAGCUGUGACCUGAUGUCAUUCUUAUGAGGCUUUUACCUGGAGCAGCUGUUUGCACUAUGGGUUUUUUGAGUAGUGGGUGAGCGGACGUUGGAUUAGAUAUUUUCUCGGGUGUACUCCGUGUUGAUUUCACCUUGUGUUAAUUGCUCUAUUUUGUACCUUUUUUUUAGAUGCUUAAUGCAUGACUAUGCAGAUUACAUUGUUGCCUUAUUGAGGGACGAAGUGAAAUGCAGUGAAGGUUUGGAAAAAAAAAAAAAAAAAAAAGCAUGUUGUUUUUGCACGAGCGUCGCUAUUCUACUUUUGAGGCAAUCAUAUAAUUUGACCCGACUCAGGUUAUUUCAGUAGCAGAUAAAAAAUGAGCUGUUUGGAUUCCAGCCUUCUUUGUAUAGUACAUUAGUGAUUGCACUGUGUACAUAAAUAAGCCAUUUGAAUCUUUGUAAAGUAUCAGGUGUGUAAAAUGUCUGUGCAGAUGUUUUAGAUGUCUCUUAGAUAAAAUGUAGAGGUUCAGUUCAGAUGUAUAAAAGUAACACAAUGGGAUUUCUGUACACAACCCUAUGGUGUUGGCCCGAUGAAUGUAAAAGCAACCUUUAUUUUCAGAUGCUUGCACAGUUUUUGUCCACUUCAGCUUCUUAAAGGCUGAUUUGCAAACAUUCCAACAGAUGAAAAAAAAGAUCUUUGCUUCAAGUAAUAGUUUCUUUUAAAAAAAAUGCUCAUUUGCUUUUUUUGCUGAAGGUGGGAUGAAAAGAUCAACACCUCUCUCAUAGCUUCCUGGUAAAUAUAGCUCUAAUACAGCUGCCUCUUAGCUUAGCAUAAAGAUGGAAUUUCUGUGAGAGAAAGGAACACAAUCUGCCUUCCAGGUCACUUGGUAUAUUUGUUUUGUUUACUCCAAACAAGAACUUAUGUGUUUAAGGUGUUGCACUUUUACAAAAGGCCUUGUGUCAAGAUCAAUUAAGAAGUAGGGGGAUUUAUGCUAAGCUAAGCUAGCCCUCUGCUAGUUGGAGCUUCAUCUUUAGUGAGCAGGCAUGAGUGGUAUCAAUCUGCUCGUCUCGAUCUUCAGAGGAAAAUGAUCAAGCAAAUUUCCCAAAAUUUUGAGCCAGUCGAUUUAAAUACAGGGAAGGAAUUUAAGUUAUAACUGCUGUCAGGGCGAUGGGUUUUAAUCAAAAAGGCGACUUGGAAGGAGAAACUAGCCAACAGUUGUAUUGCUGUGCACUUUGGAAAAAAGAUGCGUCUCUGGGGAUAUACAGGUUGACCACUAAUACAUUAUAUUUAAACUUUCCUCUUGAGUAGAUUUGUGUUGAUGUUUAAAGCUGACUUGUGCCAAAUUACGUUUUAUGUGAAUCGGUGUGUGACUCUUGUAAUGUGCCUGUUUCAUAAAUUAAUACUGUGGUUUUUACUGGGUUGGUGGUCCUAGCCUAUGGAAGGCCUGCUGUGUUGAAAGUAUACAUUCCCUGUUUUGUCUUGGCAGAAUCAAAGUAUGUCCCAGAAAUAUAUUUUAUUGUAAAAUCUGCAAAGUUUGAAUAUGAGUCAUUCUUCCAUACAGUUUGGCCAAAACUUUAAAUGUUUAAUGACCUUACACAGCUAAAUAUCUUAAACAUAAGGUUUAUUUCAUUUUGUUAGAAAAAAAUCCUGCUGUCCUUUGAAAUUUUUAAUUUCUGAGCCAACUAAGAAGACUAUAGAUUCCAAAAUAAAUCCUAUUUGUACUUUCGGGUCACAGAUGAGUUGGAUUCCUGAACUGCCUUCACUGUCACAGCUGCUUCACUAAUUCAAGUUCUGACCAUGUGUUUUAAGAUAUUUAUUUGAAUAUAAGAACCAAUACAAUGGUGUAUAAAAGUAUCCAGUACAAGCAAAAA